AUGGACCUUGGCACAAUUAGAAAGCGGCUUAGCAACAGAUACUACUGGUCUUCAGAGGACUGCAUCAAAGAUUUCAAAAUGAUGUUCAAAAAUUGCUAUACUUACAAUGAUCCAGGACAGGAUAUCGUUCUGAUGGCUCAGACGCUUGAGAAGAUAUUCUACCAGAAGAUGGCUCGUAUGCCGAAAAAAGAAAGUGAAGUGCGACGCGAAAGUGGCAAAAUUGGAGAUCGUAGCAGAACUUCUUUUGAUGCUUCAGUCACUAACAAGUCAUUGGAAGCUUCUCCGAAGGAAUUUGCUACGGAGCGAAAUUUUGGGAGUUUGCCAAUUCAAAAUUCCGUUGAGGAACCAAAUGAUCAGGUUAUUAGUGAGGUCGAAUCGACUGUGAAAGAUGUCGAGGUGGAUUCGAGUGUCAUCACGGAGUUUCGUGCUCUGAUGGAACGUCGGAGGAUCACCAGAGGCGAAUUUAGAGAACUCUCUCCCGGGCUCAAGAAUUGUAGGAAAAUCCUGAAGAAUCUUUUCCGUAAAAGACACUCUGAGUAUGCCUGGCCGUUUUACCUUCCUCUGAACGCAAAUCAUUGGAAGUUUGAUGAUUACCAUGAUGUCAUUAAGAAGCCCAUGGAUUUGUUGACUAUCAAGUGCAAAUUGGAGGAUCGGAUGUAUGCAACUCCUCAAGAAUUCAUCGAAGAUGUGAGGCUCAUAUUCAGCAAUUGCUAUAAAUACGAUUGCCGUAAGUACAAAUUGGUUUCAAAUGCUCAACAGCUGCAGCAUGUCUUUGAAAUGAUGAUUUCGAAAAUUUAUGAUGAUGUAGAAGAAAUCGAGCUGGAUGAGGACAGCUCGGAUACUAGUAGUAGUAGUAGUAGUAGUAGUAGUAGUAGUAGUAAUAGUUGUGGUAGUAAUGUUUGUAGAAGUCGUAGUAAUAGUUGUAAUAGGAAUAAUCCUGAUAGUUUUAGUGCAGAGACAAUAGAAGGAAUGAGUCCGAAAUUUUGA